CUCUUCAACAGACACAGUGUCACAGUAUUAACCACACUGAUAGCCUCGUGGUAGAGCGUCCGCUUCGAGUGAGGGAGGUCUCAGGUUCGAUCGCCGGACGCGUCAAACCAAAGAUGUGAAAAAUGAUACCAGUAGCUCCCUUGCUAGGCGCUCAGCAUUAAAAGGAAAACUGGCCCCUUCGCUCAUACCCUCGAGGCGAAAGAUUCCAGUCGACCUAAAAUAGAGAUGUAGACAUAGUAUCUGAAGUUUGAGAAUCAUUUUACAAUCUCAAAUCUUGCCUACUAGGAACAUGCUCUAUAAACAGUUCUGUUAAAUACAAAGGUGAUGUGCCAAUGAAACAUCUAUACAUGAAAGAAAGUAUCUAAAACUCAAUCCUUGCUUUCACCGGCAACCAGUAAUGAAGCACAAAUAUCGUUCACCUGGCACCAAGACGCAGACGCGGAUCAUAUCCGGCCUAUUAAUUGUGCUAGCAAUUUCACUUACUGUUCUGUUUGUCACGCCUAGAAAUACAGAGUGUGAAAUUUACAUUUCACCAAAGGUAAACGUUUAUAAACAUAUCCCGUUCAAUGUGAGUAAGGAUAAAAAUUUGGACUACGAAAGAGAGAUGGAUAAACUGAACAAAGAAAGAGUGAAGCCGGAUGAUCCCCGCCUGGUCCAUUUGAUAAGGAACUACUACAUAGAGCCGCCAUCCCAAGAACCUUAUAAAUUGGGGGAGCCCGGAAGACGAGACCAGUCUUAUGGUCAGGCAGUAUUUGUAGAUGGAACGCUGAGAAAUAUGGCAAGCGGCUUUUUCGUCGACAGUGGAGCACAUGACGGAGAGAUUCAAUCAAAUACACUGUUCUUCGAAAGAAUUAGACACUGGACUGGCAUUCUUAUAGAACCACAACCUAGAAUAUACCGGCAAUUAAAAAGUAAACACAGAAAGUCUUUUCAUUUAAACGCUUGCGUUAGCGAGGAGCCAUUUCCUUCAAAGGUAAAAUUUUUGCCGACGUCCUUCUAUGGAAAGAUGGUUGAAAACAUCACAAGUGAAGACAAAUGGAUCAAGGAAGGGGUCAAAGAGAUAACCGUGCAAUGUUUUCCUCUGUAUUCUAUUCUACUAGCCAUGAACCAGUUAACGGUAGACUACUUCAGUCUGGACGUUGAAGGUGCCGAAGAAGGAAUUAUUAACAAUAUACCUUUGGAUAAAGUGAAAAUUAGAACUAUUUCUAUAGAAUAUGAUAAAGUUGAAGGUGGAGCAGAAAGACUGAAAACAAUAAUGAAAAAGAAAGGGUUUACGUUUUUAGUUAAAAUGGAUUCACCAGCAGCUCAUGAUUGCAUUUUCUAUAAAUAGAAUGUGUUUCUCUAGUCAAGUCCAAGAUAUAUUUAUCUUAUAAUUAUGCUAUUUUAAACAUAUUUUCGCUUGAACCUCGCAGCAAAUGGUGAUUGUAUUGUAUGAACUUUUCAAGUUUUGUGUUAAUAAUUCCAACAUAUUUGGUCACCCGUUUUUGAUAUGAUUCAUCCAUUUAUGUGAAUGUUGAAUUAGAUUGAUAGAUGAUAUAACCAUCAGCCAGAAAGUCGGUAGAAAACUUGUUACACAAAAUAAUUGCAUGUAAGAAUAAACUCGCCCAAGAAAUGAAGAAUAGAUAAACGCUCAAUACAUUAUUAUGCAUACAAUUUCAUAAAAUCCUUAUCAAGGUAUCGUGUGUACCUUCAGUUGCAGAAGUUUGCGGGUGAAAACACUUGAAAUGCCACUAUAUAAAUCAAGGCACAUAACAGUUAUAUAUAAUCACACUUUUUAAUCUGUUUAAAUAUAAUAAAUUUCCAGCGCCUUAUAAUGCACUGCUUGAGAGUGUAUAAUUUUUGUUAUUGGUUGUGAAUGGAACAUAGCGUGAAUCAAGAGCGAAGUACGGUAUAAACAUGUUUAAACUUUCCACAGAUGGUUCUGCUAUCGUGUGUACCUUCAGUUGCAGAAGUUUGCGGGUGAAAACACUUGAAAUGCCACUAUAUAAAUCAAGGCACAUAGCAGUUAUAUAUAAUCACACUUUUUAAUCUGUUUAAAUAUAAUAAAUUUCCAGCGCCUUAUAAUGCACUGCUUGAGAGUGUAUAAUUUUUGUUAUUGGUUGUGAAUGGAACAUAGCGUGAAUCAAGAGCGAAGUACGGUAUAAACAUGUUUAAACUUUCCACAGAUGGUUCUGCUACUGAUGGUUCAAAUACGUUCCUUCACUUUUUUGUUUCGAUAUCAUUGUCCAGAUGUUUUACUUUGCCUAUGAUUUUCUUGCAUGCAUAUAUGUUUAUCAUGAACGCAUUCAUAUAUUCGUACAUUGCUUUGGGGAUAAUGUAUUCUUCUUACGCGACUAUUCUUAUUGGGCAUAUGUCCUUAAUUUUAUUUUAUCUCGGCACGUUCUUAUCCUAAUUUGCUUCAAUCGUAAAGUACAGGCAUUUUCAGAUUAGAGGCACACAUCUUGAAAAUCCUCCGACCUAUAACAGACCAACAAACAGAUCCAGAUCAAAGAAACUUUAAACAACUUUUUUUUUAGUUUUGCGUGCUUAGCCCAUCUAAAACAAUCACAGGGCACAGCUAAAAUUGACUCGCUGUCACAAAAUUGCUAAGAUAAUUAUUAAUCGGUCAAAUUAGCCCCCGCCCCCACUCUGUUCCUAUAGCCCUGAAGUAUUCUUCGAUUUUAAAUUUCGUCAUUACUUAAUGUUCUUCAUGGAUAAUAUAAUGUAACUGUUUUCACGUAGGUAAAUGAAAUGACCAAAUGGAAUUUUGCAAGUUUUAUUCUCUCUGUCUGGAAAUAAUUUUAAGUACAAUUGUCAAACUUGUAUUAAUGCAAUUGCUUUAAUGUGUAUUGUAACAAGUUUAUUAGAGGUUCUAACUAAUUGGUAUUUUUUCCUGAUGUUACGUUGUCCACCUUCUGUCAAACUAUGAGCAUGUAAAAACUGCAGUCUUUUACUUCUAGCAGAUGCAUCAGGGUGCAUAAAGAAUAGACGUUAAACUAUAUCCGGAGACAAAGAAGAUUUAUAUCUUUUGAUUUAGGUUUAUUGUUUAAUAUUUUGGGACAAGGCCAAGACCACUUUCGUUGUGAAUUUCCAUGUUUUAGUUUUAUUCAUUGCGCAAAUAUUUACAUACGUGUAUUAACUCAACAGCGCAAAUUUCCCUGCAGCAUUUUGCGAGAGUGUUGUUUUACAAAAUUUGUUGUUUUGUUUAUGUGUAUCAUUUCAUCUCAAUAUUCUCUCAUUUUUGGUAAUAAGUCAUGUUGUAUUGAAAUGCUCUAAGAUUCGGCAAAUGAUUUUUCAUGAUUUACCUCUUUAUAUGAAAUUAAGUAAGAAUUUAAUUAGUACAUUGUAACCUGUACGCUUACACUUUUGUGCACAACGCAACCACUGAUUUUAUUUCUUGAAUUAAGGCUCAAAAUCGGGUUAGGAGUCCUUGUACAUCGACAAGAAUCUUAUUCUCAACAUUUUAGUUCUAUUAAAUUAUGAAACGAACA